AUGUUCCGUCCCGCUUUCAACGCCCUCAGGCCUGCCGCCUCCCGUAGCGUCCUCCGCGCUCCCGUGCGCCGCGAGGUCGCCCGCGCCUUUUCGACCUCCCUCCGCCAUCAGGCCGGAGGUGGCCAGCUCUACCCUGUCACUCAGCCUCCCCACUGGCCGUCCGAGGCCUCGCGCAACAACGCCACCGGCACCGAUGCCGAGGUGCUGGACCGCUUCAAGAUCCGCGAGAUCUGUGAGGGCUGGGGCUGCUACCGCGACGCCGCCGAGUGGGAGAACUAUCGGUCCAUGUUCUGGGAUGAUGCCUACAUCGCAACGAGCUGGAAGCAAGGCUCUAUCGACGAGUUUAUCAAAGCCUCCAAGGAUGGCUUUGCGCGCGGCAAGGAAUUCAUGUACAUCAUGCACCGCAUCAUCGGCCAGACCGUCGACGUGCAGGGCAACCGUGCCGUUGCCAAGAUGAAAGUGACCAUCACUUGCCGCUUCACCUUCAACAACAUCGAGGUCGACAAUGAGGCCGAAUGUCGGUUCUUCUUCAUGCUCGAGAAGCGUGAGGGCCGUUGGGGAAUCUGCUUCUACACGCUGCUGUUUGACAAGGACAAGAUGAUCCCCGUCCACCCCGGCAGGACGUUCGAUAUCCCUGAGAAGGAGGUUAUGAAGUAUCCCUCAGGAUACCGCUAUCUGGCAUGGCUUGAGGACCAAAUUGACACCCCUCCCAAGCUCGAUCUCAACAGCCACGGACCGGAGCGCGACAUCCUGUACAAGAAGUGCAAGGACUGGUUGGAGGGCAAGGUCGUCAAGCCGAACCUGACGGGUACAGACACCAUUGACAAGUGGUAA